UUUAUUUUGAAGGGUUGAUUCAGGAAACGGUGUUGUUAUGCUAGCAUGGAUGCUUAAAGGUUACACAGCCAGCAGUGACACUAGCUUUUCAACAGUGGAAGAAGACAGUGAACCACAUUAACAGGGUAAACUGACAAAACUGAAGUGGAUAUCGUAAGUCUGAAUACAACAAGAUGGCUCAUGAAGUGGCCGACCUCCCCAGCGGCCCGCUGGAUUUGUACCGGAAAAAAUCCUCUUUCAACUGGAAGGACAUGCUCUUAUUCUUAGAGGGAGAGGAAAACGUGGCAUUCAAGCACUAUUUGUUUAAGACACUUGAGGCUGACCCCCUGUUUGCACGCCGUCCCGGUGAAGACCUCUCUUUGGAGAAAAUGAGAGAGCUGACCUUCCUGAGGGUGAAGCAGCUCUUUCGAUACAACUUCAUGACUGAAGAAGAGGCGAUGUCUGACCCCUGGAAGACUGUGACUCUCAAUGACUGUCUGGGCAUGUAUGACUGGUCCAUGGGGGCCAAGUUCUUUCUCAACCAAGGGAUGUUUGGAAUGAAUGUUGCUGGCUCAGGAUCACAGAGACACAGCAAAUAUGUUGAAAACACAAAAGACAUGACGACAUUUGGAUGCUUUGCACUGACAGAGCUGAGUCACGGCAGCAACACCAGAGCCAUGAGGACCACAGCGACCUAUGACCCCUCCACUCAGGAGUUUGUGAUCAACUCUCCAGACUUUGAAGCUGCUAAAUUCUGGGUGGGGAAUCUUGGCAAGACGGCGACGCACGCUCUGGUGUACGCUCAGCUGUACACGCCGGACCAUGUGUGCCACGGCCUGCACUCCUUCGUUGUGCAGGUGAGAGAUCCCAAGACUUUGCUGGCGCUGCCUGGCGUGAUGGUUGGAGAUAUGGGCAAGAAGCUGGGCCAGAACGGACUGGACAACGGGUUUGCUAUGUUCCAUAAUGUGAGGAUCCCUCGGGAGAAUCUACUGAAUAAGACUGGAGAUGUUACUCCUGAGGGCCGUUACGUUACACCAUUCAAGGACCCCAACAAGCGUUUCGGGGAGUCUCUGGGUGCCCUGUCAGGUGGCAGGGUGAGCAUCACCAGGAUGGCUCUGACCAACUUGAAGCUAGCCCUGACUAUCGCCAUCCGCUUCUCUGCCACUCGCAGGCAGUUUGGACCCAAAGUGACAGAGGAGAUUCCUGUUCUGGAAUACCAGCUACAGCAAUGGCGUCUUAUCCCCUUCCUGGCCGCAGCGUAUGCUCUUGAACACUUCACCAAAUCCAUCUUCAUGAACUUUGUUGAGUUCAGGAUUGGUCAGGCAAUGAGGGUGAAGGAUGACAGGCAGGCAGAGAUGGGCAGGGAGAUCCACGCCAUCGGCUGCUCCAGUAAACCCCUGGGCUCAUGGACCGCGGCGAGGGGGAUCCAGGAGUGCAGGGAGGCCUGCGGGGGACAUGGAUACCUUGCCAUGAACCGGCUGGGUGACCUGCGUAAUGACAACGACCCAAACUGCACGUACGAGGGAGACAACAACGUGUUGCUGCAGCAGACCAGCAACUACCUGCUCAGCUGGCUCUAUGCUAAGCAGCGCGAUGGUGUGCGUAUUGAGUCUCCUCUUCACACUGUGGACUUCCUGGAUGAUAUCCAUAACAUCCUGCGAACCAGGUUCACAGCAGGAACCAUGGAGGAGUGCAUGGACUCUGCAGUUCCACUGGCUGCCUAUAAGUGGCUGGUGUGUUUCCUGUUGGAGGAGAGCCAGAUGAGGCUGGAGCAGCAGAGGACCAUGGGAAAAGAUGAGUUUGAGGCCCGUAACAACAGCCAGGUUUACUCCUCUCGUACGCUGGCGAUGGCCUACAUAGAACACAACUGCCUGCAGAGGUUUCAUGAUCUGACCGUAGAUGAGGACACACCGGCUGCUCUCAGACCCGUCCUCAGCAAACUGUGUGCUCUGUACGGACUGUGGAGUCUCAGCAACCACAUGGCCAUACUGUACCAGGGUGACUAUCUGAGUGGAAGGAAGCCUGCAGAGUUGGUCCAAAUGGCUAUUCUCACUCUCUGCUCCCAGCUGAAGGAUGAUGCAGUAGCGUUGGUGGAUGUAUUUGCCCCGACGGAUUUCAUUCUCAACUCGCCUAUUGGCUACGCUGACGGACAGCUUUACAAGAACCUGUGGUCGACAGUGAUGCAGGGCGACAAGGUGAUGGAGCGCCCUUCAUGGUGGAAAGAGUUCUGCUCCGACAAGCCGGUGAUCGGAUCCCUCCGUCCAAAACUCUAGAACCCAGAAACAACCAAGACUACAACUUAUGUGUGCCUUAAAAAUAUUUCCAACUGUGCAAUUUGAAAUGUCAUGUCCCUGUGUACAGAAUGUUUGCCUGAACCCUCCAGUGCAACACUGCAUCUCAGUUAAGGCACACAUGAGGAUCAUUGUCGUAAAUCUUCCACACAGAGUAUUUUACCACGUGAUUUUACUGCUCAUACAUUAUUAAUGGUGUAUUUUAAAAAUCAUCAGACAUAUGUUUGGACACUACAAAUGAGGAGAAGAUUUGGAAGAAGGGAUUACCUUUUGGGUUCCAGUUGGAGACCACACUUAAUGGAAACAAUGAUAAAUUGAUUUAGAUUAACAUAUAUAUGCUUACAUUUGUGUGCCAAAGGAAUUCCGUCACUUCCCAUCCCUAUAAUUUGUUCGAUGACAUUUAACAGGGCGUUAAAAAGAAUAUGAACCGAGGACUAAUGUGUCGUAACUUUGAAGCUUUAACACUAGAGGCAAUGUUCUUUAAUAUAUGAGUAAGUAAGACUUGCGCGUGUGAAAUGAACGGGAAAAGUGUUUGGUAAAUAUGUGAUUCUGUAAUCCAAAUCGUUUUUUUUGUCAUACUCGCUGCAAUACCUUAUGUUUGAUAUUAUUUCUGCAAGAGUUUAAUUGCAUUUCAUUACAUUCUCAAUGUUUUUCUGCAACAAAAGAAUGUUUUCUAUACAAGUGGUUAUUUCUGAACAUCAUAUGCUUAAAUCACACUUAUCCUGUAAAACAGCAAAUAAGUGACCUCUAAACUGAAGAGUGAUUUUAAGAUUUACUCAAUUUCAUGCUGAAUGUAAUAUUAUGUAAUUCUAAGUGUUUUUUUGUGGAUGAUGUACAAAUCUUUAUGUAAAGGAUGAUCAUAGUUUUUGCAAUACAGUGUUUUGAUAUACAAAUAAUGCAGAAUAAAUUAUAUUACUAAUACAA